AUGUUCAUUCUAUUCCAAAUCGGGUGGAACCCUCAGUCCUACCAGGUCCCUCCACUUCUGUCGCACCAGGUCCCUCCACUUCUGUCGAACCAGGUCCCUCCACUUCUGUCGAACCAGGUCCCUCCACUUCUGUCGAACCAGGUCCCUCCACUUCUGUCGAACCAGGUCCCUCCACUUCUGUCGAACCAGGUCCCUCCACUUCUGUCGAACCAGGUCCCUCCACCUCUGUCGUACCAGGUCACUCCACUUCUGUCGAACCAGGUCCCUCCACCUCUGUCGUACCAGGUGCCUCCACUUCUGUCGUACCAGGUGCCUCCACCUCUGUCGUACCAGGUGCCUCCACUUCUGUCGUACCAGGUCCCUCCACCUCUGUCGUAUCAGGUCCCUCCACGUCAACAUCAUCAUCUAAAUCAAAAUUUGAAUCCUUUCGUAUUAAAGACUCUGUCACCGAAGCUGAAACACUGUGGUGUCUACACACUGUCAUGUACCACCAUUCUCUUAGGAGUGCUGAGAGUGCUGUUCAUCUAUUUAAAAGAAUGUUUUCUACUUCUGACAUUGCUCAAGAGAUGA